AUGAAUUGGACCGAAGGCAAUCUAGCACGUCACUCUCGAGGUAAGGCGAACAAUCAAGUCCUCAAGCGUCAGAAACAACAUUUUGCGAAAGCUCGCACCAAACUCCUCGGUGGGAAUGUAACACGAGGCCCUGUGACCAUAUCAUUUCUCAACUCAGAGCACAAACAAUAUUUCCAGCACGUCCCAGCAGAGACCUUGUCGCCAGCAGGAAACUCCAUAAUGGCAAGACAAGCCCACUCACCACAGAAUGGCUCAGUCGCAAUGCCCCGAGGACUAGGGAGAGUCGAACGAAACCAGAAUCCCAAGCCUUUGUCAACGCAGCGUGAUGGUGGUCCUACGGGCACUCAAAAACGCUCGACGUUCGCCGAUAUCGUCGACGAAGAGAUUGCACAAGAAAGGAGACGCAAGCUACUCAGGAAGCCGGAUUGGGCUGGUCUGGAGAUGCAACAGCCCAUAGAGCUUGUGUUCCCGGGUCAGUCACAAGCUUCCAGUGGACGACUGUGGAGCGAUACAGGACCCCGUAGAUCCGGGGCCAUCCUCAGCCCGCGCUUGGGAGCAAACGAACCGCGAACUCGUGCGUUUCAUAGAUCUCAUCAAAAUCAUGCGGGGCCUCUGAGGCGAGCAGCCAAGGUACCGCCCAUACAGAUAACAAUCGGUAGCCAGAGCAUCACUGAUGCCACAAGUUCACAAAUCUUGCAGGAUCCUGAGAUGCCCAAGCUCAAAGCACAUAGGCUAUCAGUGCUACCACACACAGGCGAAUUGAGCUCUGGUUCGGAGCGUCGGAACGGAAAGUCGGGCUCUUCCAACUCGAGACUACAUGGGGAUUCUAUGCUACUGGCAAGCAACGAUCGUACUCAUGUUCAGACGAUGAACCCAAGAGCGGACGUGGCUGACAGCAGACACCGACAAUAUGGUCAAGAUAAGCCGGAACAUAGCGUUCACGCUUCUUCCGAUAUAUAUGAGCCCAUACCACGACGUACCAGAAUCUCAACGAUCCUGCAACGCUCUCCGUCGGCAAAGUCAACAGAUUCCGAGAGCAUAAAUGUUGAAGUUGGUAGGCCAAAGCGCGGACUUCCUUCCGAAAUCGCUGACAACGAGCGCUGGAUGAACAGAUUAUUGCCGGAGGACAAUCUCGUCAUACCGCUAACUCGUGGGUCCUCUUUACUAGAAAGCUCAAUACCAAGGCCGAGCAUAAGUCCUGGCAUCAGCGAAAGGCAUUCCCAGGUCGAUCUUGGUACCAUUGAGAAGCCCGAAGCUUCGUCGCUUGGCUCUUCAUGUUCAGCAACUGGGAAACAUGCUAUAGCACUGGAGAUGGCCCGUUCUAAUCACAAUGUGGCUCGUUCAAUGUCUCGAAAUGUUUCGGGAAGCUAUUCCAUGCAACAAGCUCGAAUGUUAGACAUAACAUCCGGUCAAGAUGUGGAUCUCAUUAGACAGCAGUAUACAGACCUGGGCGAUAAUUUCCCUCGCCAUUUGAAACAUGCGAAGACUCUUGAUGACACUCCGUCAUGGUUUCGAAACCCACAGGCCGAGCAUGACAAACCCCGUCAUCUAGACAAGAGACAAUCGUCAGUGUCCGCAGGGGAUGACAAUACUCAGUGGAUGGAAUUCAUUUUUGGAGAUCACAAUGAUGACUUCGAUAGCCGGGCUUACCAGGAAGCCGCUCAUGAUGCUGCCAAGGACAUAAAGCCGUCACAAUCAUCAGGAAGCUCAGAUGAGCUCCCGAUGACCGAUAUCGGCUUUCAGUGUGCAGCAAUGGCGCACAACCCGGUUUAUCCGACAAUCAUGACGGACGGUGAUCAGCGGACCACAAGCGACUAUGCAAAUGCUAGCCUUAUAGCAACGAAGGGCUCUGAAUCAUCCCCGAUUUUGCAAUCUGGGGGUCGCCAGCCCUUUUUUGAGAAGCCAGACAGAGACAAGUCCACAUGCUUCGGCUUUCAAACGUCUCCGAACUCAGCCUCCAGAGUCUACAGUCAGUCCAUGGAAGCUCAGAAUAUGUCAGUACCAGGCGUUGCAUCCGACAUGGCGACUGCAGGAGAUUCUAUAGCAACCAGCAGUCCUAAAUAUUCAUUCCGCUUUUCAGCGCCGCAGAUGUUCAUGGGGAAGCUGGCGAUAUUGGGAGCAACUCCCAGUGAAAUGGCGCCUCCGCCCUUGCCCUCCAAAGCACGCAAACGAAAAGCUAAAGGACUCCGAACGAAGAAAAUUUACGAGAGGAGACCCGACAUUCGAGCACUUCCUGACUUCAUUGACGACCCCAUCGAAGAGUUUGAGGAACCCAAGAAUCCUGGACCUGUGUAUUCAAGAAAAGUUCCGGGAAUAAGAGGUAGUUAA